UCAGCUAUGGCUGCCGGCGGCAGGGACAAUAGCUACUACUGCAAGAAUCUGCUUAAGAGCAACAGCAUGUACACGUACAUCCUCAACACCACGGUGCUCCCCCGCGAGCCGGAGUGCAUGCGCGACCUGCGGCUACUGACCGACAAGCACCCAGAGGGCUUCAUGCAGUCACCGCCGGACGAGGCGCAGCUUCUGGGGAUGCUUAUCAAGAUAUCGGGGGCCAGGAACACUAUCGAGAUCGGUGUGUUCACGGGCUACUCGCUCCUCGCUACUGCGCUGGCGCUGCCAGACGGCGGCAAGGUCGUGGCGAUCGACGUCAACCGGGGCGACUUUGAGCUCGGCCUACCAUUCAUCGAGAAGGCUGGCAUGGCACACAAGGUAGACUUCCGCGAGGGCGCCGGCCUCGACCGCCUAGAUGAGCUCCUCGUUGCCUCAGUCGUGGAAGAAGAGGCGGGGUACGACUUUGCAUUCGUGGACGCCGACAAGCCAAAUUACAUGCACUACCACGAGAAGCUGUUGCAGCUGGUGCGCGUCGGGGGCACCAUUGUCUAUGACAAUACGCUCUGGGGUGGCACAGUAGCCGGGGCGAUCGUGCCCACAUUAGAUGAGUCGAUCACCGACUUCCUCAGGGAGUUCAACGCCAAGCUUGCCGCUGACCCGCGCGUAGAGGUCUGCCAGCUCGCCAUUGGUGACGGCGUCACCAUCUGCCGCCGCCUCAUCUGAUGGCACCGACCCUGACGGCCGCUGAGAUCAACAUGCGUCAAUUUCAGAGACUACACAUGAUUUUAUUCAGCUGGCUCUGAUCAGCCUGAAUUCCAUGAUGUGAUUUCACCCGAAUAAUGCCCUUCACAUUUUAUAGUAUAUGAUUACAAAUAAAUCAAGAUUGUUUAGAU